UUCUUCUUUGUUGGUUUAGAGUUUCCAUAUGGUAAACUAGUUUUUGUUCUUCAUUUGUUCGUUUAAAGGCAUUAUAAAGAAAGGAAAAGUACAGUUUUUCUUCUUUGUUUGUUUAAAGUUUAUUUCAAGAAAACUACAGUUUUUUUUCUUCUUCGUUUGAUUACAUUUAUUUAAAGACAAGUCAUUUUUUUCUUCUUUGUUGGUUUGAAUCUGAUUUGGCCUCCAAACACUUGACCUGCCUUCGAUACAAAAAUGCAGUCAGACCUGUCACACAGUCACAUGACUGGCUCUGAUUGGACGCUGCUCUCCUUCAACGAAGCUGAACAGACUUGAAAGUCGUUAUUACCACCUGUGAGUUUGACUCAGACACACAGAGAAGAAACAGGGAUUUAAAAGGAAGAAGAAGUGAUGGGUUUAGCUCACAGUUCCACCUCUCCUCAGGUGAUCCUGAUGGGUUUGGACUCCGCUGGAAAGUCGACUCUCUUGGCCAGACUGCUGACAGGACAGGUUAUGGAAACGUCUCCGACUAUUGGAUUUAACGUGGGAAGUUUGGACCUGGACAAGAAGACGUCUUUGACUGUGUGGGACAUCGGAGGACAGAAAAGCAUGAGACCCAACUGGAGGUACUACCUGGACGACUGUAAGGCUCUGGUGUUCGUGGUGGACAGCAGUGAUCGGACCCGGCUGCCAGAGGCCCAGAAGGUUCUGAAGAAGAUUCUGAAUGAUGAGAAGCUGCGAGGAGUUCCUCUGAUGGUUCUGGCCAACAAGAAAGACCUGCCCAACUCCAUGACCAUCCGAGAGAUCUCCAAUCAGCUGGAUCUGCCUAGUUACACUGACCGGCUGUGGCAGAUUCAGGCAUGCAGCGCUCUGAAGGGACUCGGCCUCCAACAGGCCUUCAUGUCGGUCAACAAACUCAUCAAGAAGAGUUGAGAGGAGGAGGAGGAGGAGGAGUGUGGGGUGGGGGGGAGGCGGAGUAAGUUAUGAAGGAAAGAUGUGAAAGAGAAAAGUAAAACUAUUAAAACUAAAAUCCUCAACAUGUAUUAUUUAUAGUGGAUGCAACUUGAAAACAAACAUUUUAGUGUAAAGAAUCUAACAAAUAAUCUAUAAAGUUGACUGAUUGUGUGUUUGAUCAAAAAUCAAACUUUAAGGAUCAUUAAACUCUCUCUACUUCAAUAAAUG